GCUGAUGACGGGUGCACGGAGGACGGACGAUCUGUCAGUUAUUCCGCGAUGUGGUGACUCAUAUCUGGCUAGCCUGCCCUCGAUCGCGCUUCAUACAUCCAAUAUUCAUCUGAUUAUUCUUGGAAAUAGUGACUGUUCCGCUGCUGGGAGUGGAUAGAUAUAAGGCUACGGUCGUCAAUACACCAGGCAUUUAUGCAAGCAACGUUUGUUGGAUUAGAAGGUGUAAUAGCAAACUUCGCAUCACCCAGGGAUAGCUAGAACCAACAAAAAUGGACUGGUCCAUUCGGCAGCUACUAGUAGUGGUGAUUUUCUGCUUUUGUUCAUCAGUUCGCUCCGAAGAAUGGAGUUUAACAAACCUUCCACCAGACAUGAAAGGAGUUGGGGAAAUCAGCUGGGAGGAUGUCGGAGUGGAUGUUCCAAUGCCACCAGUCAUAACCAAACAGGCGCCCACUCAACACAUAGUAGAUCCUAGAGAACUCAUCGUCAUAGACUGUGAAGCAACCGGCAGCCCUGAAAUAAGGUAUAGUUGGUUGAAGAAUGGACGAGAACUAGACGUGGAUAGCGACCCAAGCAUCUCCUGGUCGGCGGCGCCCAACUCCGGCACCAUCACCAUCGAACUGGACGGAGACAACCCUGACAAGAGCUACGAGGGAAAGUACCAGUGCAGGGCCGCCAACCACAGGGGAACGGCUGUCACCAAUGAGAUCGAGGUCAUCAUCACAGCGUCUCCGCUGUUCGCGUUUGCGGAAGAUCGGGAGAUUACCGUCCCCGUCGGCGCCCAGCACGUCCUGAAGUGCCUCUCUAUCCUCGGAGAGGCUAUCCCGCCGCCCACCAUCUACUGGACCAAGGACGGCAGUAACCCCAUCGACCUGACCGAGAGGAUCUCCAUCGAUGCCGAGAACAGCCUCAUCUUCGCCAACGUGGAGGAGGGAGACGCGGGAGAGUACUCCUGCCGAGCGGAGUACUCCAAACUGGGCACCAUCCGGAUCGCCAACACGCUAACCUUGAUUGUUGACACAGCAUCACCACGGGGAGCCCGCGCACCAUCCUUUCUGAAGCGUGACAUCAACCUUCCGCCCGUGAACAGGGGGGAGGAUCUGACAUUGAGAUGCAUCACAGAGGGCCUGCCAACACCCGAGGUUAGAUGGAGAAGAACAUCCGGAGGAAGCCUGCCCUCCGCCCGCGCCAGGGUGGUGGGAACCUCACUCAUCAUCGAGGAGGUGGUGGAGAGGGAUGCGGGGAGCUACGAGUGCACGGCCUCCAACUCUCUGGGCAAGGACACGUACGAAGUCAUGGUGACUGUCAAUGCCGCACCAUACUGGAAGACUGAGCCAGAAGGCCAGAUGCUUGCUCCUGGAGACGAUGCCACCAUCCUGUGCGAGGCAGCUGGAACACCCACCCCGGAGGUUAGCUGGAAGCGCAACGGAGAACCUCUUGGAGCUAAACACGGAUUGAUCCGCGAUCAUCACUUUGAGGAAAAACUCCAAGAUCAGGCAAACCGUCGCGUUUCCGGCACAACACUGUCCCUGCAAGAACUUGUUAAGGACAAUAGCGCCGUGUACCAGUGCAUCGCGCGCAACAACCUAGGCACGAGGAUCACUAACGCCUACAUCAACGUCGUUGAGCUGCCGCCCAUCAUGCUGACAGCAGCCAACAAAAAGUACGCCUACGUCCAGGACCAGGACGCUCAGCUCGACUGCCUGUCAUUCGGCUCCCCCAAGCCUGAGAUCACGUGGCACCAGUUUUCCAAUCUCUCGGAUGUAAACAACAACACUGAUGGCUCUGAUAGGUACAAGGAGGAGCUGCUUGCGGGAGAUCGUUACCAGGUCCUGAGUAACGGCACCCUGGUCAUCACCACCGUCAGCACCGAGGACGACGGGAAGUACAAGUGCAUGGCCAUCAACAAGUUCGGCGAGGAGCCACUGCAGGCUGAGCUGUCUGUCAAGAGAAAGACCACCAUCGCCACGCCACCCAUCGCUCUCGAGGUCAGGGCCGGAAACGAGGCGCAGUUCGUCUGCGCGGUCGACAAGGACCCCGACCUCGAGCUCACCAUCACCUGGCUGAAGAACGGCAUUCCCAUCAUGCCCGGCAGCCGCAUCAUGCAGCCGGUCCUGGGAACCCUCCUCAUCAAGGACACCAUCAACUCUGACUCGGCUAUCUACACUUGUCUGGCCAGAACUACUCGUGAUGAGGCAUCUGCACAGGCUGCCCUCUCUGUUAUAGAUGUUCCGGAGCCUCCAAUGAACCUUCAGCUGUCCAACCAGGCCGACUCGUCCGUCACUCUGAGCUGGAACGUGGGCAGCGACAACAACUCACCCAUCGAGGGCUACACCAUCCAGUAUGAAGAGAACAGGAUGAUGCCAGGAGAGUGGCAGGAAAUGAAGGUCAUUGAUGGCAAGGACAUAUUGACUGCCGACCUUGACCUGAACCCGUGGCUGACCUACCAGUUCAGGGUCACUGCUAGGAACAAGGUCGGGGAGAGCGAACCCAGCGACGCCACAGAAGGGUAUACCACUCCUGCUGCAGCUCCAAGUUCUGUCCCAGGUGGCAUCAAGGGGGAGGGCACCGAGCCCACCAACAUGGUCAUCAGCUGGGAGCCUCUGCCAGGCCUUCAGCAGAAUGGCCCCGGCCUGAAGUACGAGGUUCGCUACCGCCAACAGCCGGAGGCGAGGAAGCGGCGCCAAGCAGACUCCGACUGGACCACGGAAACCGUGAACGACCCCAACGGGAACGAGUUCAUCGUGGAGGACACGCCAACGUACACCGCGUACGAGAUCACGGUGCAGGCCAAGAACGAUUUCGGCGAUGGCCCGUUGUCGGAUGUCGUCGUUGGUUACUCGGGAGAGGACUUCCCUGCAGCUGCAGUAGAGAAUACUGCAGUCAGGGACGUCCAGCCGAGGAGCGUGAGGCUUGACUGGGACCCCGUUGAUGAGGAGUCUGUCAACGGUGACCUGAAGGGAUACAAGGUGCGUUACUGGUCCGACGACGACCCUGACAAUGUCAUGGAGAAGACAUUCGAGGGUGAUGAACCCACAGCUCUGAUCGACGGACUCACGCCUUUCAAGAACUACAACUUUACUGUUGUUCCUUACAAUGGGAAGGGAGACGGACCACCCAGCAGUCCUCCAGUGAAGGCCUCCACUCCUGAGUCAACCCCUGGAGCACCUGGUGCCUUGAGGGCCAACGUUGUGGACAGCAAGACCCUGGAUGUGCAGUGGGAGGCCCCUCUGGAGCCCAACGGUGCCAUCACAGGCUACCUCCUCACCUACAGAACAAUGCCAGGACCAGGUGUUCCGGAAGGGCGGUUGGGAACCCCUGUGGAGGAAGUUUUCGACGAUCCCGCCAAGACCAGCGUGAGGCUGGAAGAGCUGGACGAACAGACGUGGUACCGAAUCGAGCUGCGGGCCAAGACGAAGAUCGGGCCGGGCGAUGUGAAGGAACUGGAGACCUCCACUUCCGACCCAGCACCUGAGACUACCACUGUCAUGACAACCACUGACAUGGCAACCACAGAAGGGGCGGUUCCCCUAAUUCCACUAGUCCCUGACGGUGAAGGAGAGUUGCCAGAUUCAAGCAAAGCUCCGCUGAAGCCGGAGACUGUUGAGAUCCUGGACACGGGAGAGGACUUCAUCAACGUGUCCUGGGUGCCGGCCAAGGUCGGACCACGACCGUCCCAGUUCUACGUGGAAUACAGGGAGAGAGACCUGCAUGCAGACGAUGUUGUUGUCAAUGGCACGAACUCAGAGCAGAUGUGGCUUCAGACGGAGAGUGUGGAUCCUGACCCUUACUCCGAGACCCUACAGAAGACCAUCGACGGCCUCAACCCAGGAACCAGGUACCAGCUUCGGGUUGUCGCCUCAAACAACUUCGGAAAGGGCUGGACCGACAUCAAGGAGACGACGACUGAUGGAGAUUCUCCGCAGGCACAGGCAGCAACUCCGGUCGGCCGCCAGGGUUGGUUCAUCGGUCUGAUGUGCGCCAUCGCUUUGCUCAUCCUGAUCCUCCUGAUAAUCUGCUUUAUCAAGAAGAACAGGGGUGGAAAGUACAAGGUGUCUGAGAAGGAGGAUGCACUGAAGGGAGACCCAGAGACGCAGCCAAUCAAGGACGACGCAGGAUUCGGCGAAUACCGUCCAAGAGAAUCUCCCGACGAGGUGAUGGCCAAGCCCCCGACCGGCAGCAUCCCCUCUCUGACCGGCAGUGAGAAGGAGCCCGGCAGCGAGACGGACAGCAUGGCGGAGUACGGCGACGCCGACCCCGGCAUGUUCAACGAGGACGGAUCCUUCAUAGGUCAAUACGGAGCCGACAAGAAACAACGGCCCCCAGAGGAGCCCACGUCACCAGCGGCGUUCUCAACGUUUGUCUAGUUCCAAAAAAAAAUGACAGACAAAAUUGUCCACUAGUCGAUAAUGCUAGAAUCAUGUAAUAUAGGAAUUAAUUGAGACAAUGGUUUGUUGUGGAGCGAAUCGUCCGCGGAUGGACGGCAAUGCUUGGCCUGACUGUUCCGAUGCAAAUUCAGGGAACUUCACUCAUGUAUUAAUCUACCCACCACCUGGGAGCCCUGUCAGGCACUGGAGUGUCCUGGACCGGACAGCCCCUAUCAAAACAGGCACAAGCCCAGCAUGCCAUGGACAUCCACAGGAACACGACUCAAUUUGAUGAUUGGCGGAGACUUCUCCCAUGCAGGGCCGCGAACGGGAGAUUUUGCAGCUACUCGUUACCAAGGAAACGUGUAAAUGUACUGUCGUCCGAGUGAGCUGUGCAACGUAGCCUCUGUAGCAGGCUACGGGCGACGUUUCGAUAUUUUAUUUUCUGGUAACCCACUGCAAAUGCAGAGAAAGCAGCAAUCAUAAGAACACAGCACUUAGAAAAUACUACAUGAUUAGCAUAAAGGUGAACAUGGAUAUCAAAACGUCGCCAGAAGCCCGCUAUUAAGACUAUGUGCAACAUUUAUAUUGUUGGUAGAGGUCUAAUCAGCAUAUUUCAAUCUACCUGCCUUGUAUGCAAGAUAUACAUGUAUGAUAUGGAUACCUUUUUAUGUUUGUGAUACGGUACUAACGUGCCCGUGAAAAAAAAAAUGUGCAAGACUAAGGUACUACCACUAUUAUAAUUAUUGAUUCACAAGCGUGCAUGUCCGGUCUUGUGACACAGCAAAAGGUAGUGUGAAAUUUGUGCUUUUAUGAUGUGAAUUUUGGACCAGGUGCUAUACUCUGAUAGUUACAUGUAACUUGGGGGGAUACUUAAUUCAUCGUGUGAGGAAAAAAAAGACAACAACGAAAAACAAAAUGGUGUAAAACAAUUGUGUAUAGGAUGUUGCAAACCCGAAUACACCAUAUGUGUAAUAUUCUUGGUAGAUGAUUUUGCAUGGAGUAACAACUCACCUUGAGACCAGGAAAUUCAGCUGCCUUACACCACAACCAUAGGGACUUUGGGGCCAGUAUCGGAGCAUGACGUCCCCACCUCAAAAGGCUGAACACUUCUGCGUCUUGAAUUUUUAAUUUUGUUACAGAAUUUUAUUUAUUACUUUUUUAUUGCUUAGGAGACCUGAAGCUCACUUCGACGUUUGUGCUUCACAAAUAUUUUUUUUCUUCUUCAAGGCCACACUUUUCUAGCAAGGCUAGCAUUUGUUUAUAGAAAAAUGACCUAGUCCAAAAUUUUAAAGAGAUGCUAGAACAAGGCCUUAUUGUUUGUUUGUUUGUUUUUAACUGUCAGAUGAAGAUUGAGAAAUCAGAUGUUUCUAUAUUUUUGGCCGUUGUUGAUGUAUUGUAAUAUAUUGCUUGCCAGUCUUUACAGUAUAAGACUAUCGUUGUGUGUUGAGACGUUUUUAUUAUGCAAAGCCAAAGCUUGAUGCUUUAAUUACUUUGAAAGAUAGCUGCCUUACACAUCAUGUCACUUUUUGAAGUGCAAAUUAAGAUAGAUAAUUAAGAUUGUAAUUUUUACAAUGUUGUGUUAGAUUUUGGUUGAUGCUACUACUACUACUAACUAUCUAGGAACAACUGAAGUUGAUGUAAGACACAUAAUUGAUUUCUUAAGGAGUCCUGAAAGAUUGUUACUUUUGUUGCAAGACGUUUGAUUGAUUAUCUUGUAAAGAAUUGAUGUAGAGUGUGUACAGUGUAGUUUUAACUUUAUUCUAAGUUCAUGAAGUAACAUGAUCGUCAUCCAUAUAGUGUAUAGGACUGGUACCUAGCUUUCAUACGAAUCUUGUCAAAUUCAUUUCGUAUACCAUUUGGGAACGUAGAAAUCGUACCAAAAAUGCCCACUGCACUGUUUGGCAACAUCCAAAUCAUGCUGAAAACGUCCAAAUCAUAUGUCGAUGAUCUCUGUCUUUUGUCGCAAUAGAGAAAGACAGAGAUUGUAUGCUUUCUGGGAUUUGUAUGCAUGUUUCCAAACAGUAAACCAUGUGUUCUUUCCACAUGUAUGUGUUUAACAAAAUGUGCAGAAUUGUAGGAAAUGUUUCUGAAAAGUGUACGGAAAGCGUACAGUCCUGUAUGAAGGCAACACAAGGCUUUGUGGAUAUGCAGUUUUACCACAGUAACUUCUCACACAUUAACUGCUCAAAAACAUGGCAAGAAUUGUAAUUGACUUGCCACGCAAAGCCACACUAAAACUUAAUACCUGUGCCGGUACAUAUCUUCUCUAUAUGGCUAAAAAAAAAGUCCAGUUUUGCCUUGAGGGCAAAGUCUCAAUUCACAUGCCUACAUGCCAGACUUUACAGGAAGCUAAUUUUUGUUGGAAUAUAUAAUACAAAGGAGCAAAGCCACUUACUGUUACAUACUUGACUUUUACAUUCAAGGGUUUGUUGCUUGAUCUUAGUUCACCAGGAAAACAAGUAGAAAUCUUCUAAAAGAAGGCAAAAUGAACCAGGCAGUACUGUAUACGGACCAUCCCUCUAGCAAAGAGACGUUGUAACUAUACAAACAAAUUUUCAACCGUCAUAGCACAAGUAUCGAACAGUUGCAUGGUUUUGUAUGCUGGACUGCAAGAACAACUUGCUACAUAAAGCUUCAAAGAGUUUGUUGUAUCCUUUCAUCUCUUCUCUUGAGUUCACAUCAGGUAGAAUUUCUAUUGAUGAAUGUAAUUGAAUAGAGUUAACGAAUGUAGCUAUAUUUUUACUUGUUGCUGAUGUAGUGUGAAACGCAGUGAUGGCCAGUAUCUGUAGUCAGACUCGAGAAUUUAAUGCUUACGAGGGCAAAACAGCAGUUCAGUGCAGUUAGGGAAGUAUAAGUGUAUUUAAUGAGUGCACAGCCAUACAUGUUGGAUACGUAAUGAGCGCCAUUGUUGUAUAAGUGCAAGUCUGCUAUCUGUCACCAAUGAGAAAAUUACAUGUUCAUGUGUGGAG